GUUCGUCUGCUACUCUUUAGUCUGUUCGAGGACGACGAACAAACCGGUCACGGAGCAAAUCUAUCGCACUCAAACAGCACUCAAACAUAAUGCAUCAAACCUAUUACACAAAAAUUAUGGGGCACAUGGAUGUGUUGCACAUUUCGGACGGUUUCAACAUCUACUUCCCCAUGGCCAUUUUUUUUGGACUAUGUCUGGCGGCCACUUACUUCGUAUUGGGAGUUCGUUUUCUUUCCUUCCUCGGAUUCCAGCAAUUUGUAGACGGCGAAGAUGAUAUUACGGUCGAUCUGUCUAACGAAGGAAGAGAGCUUAUCAAACGGGAGAAGCGGAGGCGUCAGAGAGCUGAAGAUAAUGAAUCCCGACGUCGAAAUGUCGAAGUUGCCAGCAGUUCCUCUCGAGCCGAGCGCAUUCGUGAAACUGGAGUCAAAGCAAUGUCGCCGAUGACAUCACAUCCUGUCAUUGAGGAAGAGGCUGAAGGACGUACCGGGCUAACUCUAAUUACCUCCGGGCUUCAAAAUGUUCAGUUAUUAGAUCAGCAAUCUAAUGAAACUAACCCUCAACGACUGACUAGAAAACAGCGCGUCAACCAAAGAACUAAUAGACGAAAGAGGGAAAAGAGAAAACGAGAUGCAGUAGCCAAAGCUGCUAGGUCAUUGUCGAAUGAAAAAACUUUUUUCACUGAUGCAAAAAAUUUUCUUCAACGUUUUUUUUUCAAAAAUGUGUGAAUGAUAUUUCGUAGUCAUGUUUGAACUUUUUCUGAAUCUCAAUGCAAAAUUGUAAAUCCAAAUUAUUUUUGAAGGAUUGUAUUGUCAAUAAUUUAGCAUAAGGAA